CCAUGCACCUACAGGGACUGCUUCUCAUCCUGUUGUAUGUCAGGAAUAUAGCAGAUGCACAAAUUUCAGAGUACCAGCUGGACUCCCAACCACUGACUCCAUGUGAACUGAAAAGAGAAGAUGCUGCCCGGACAGGACAAAAUUAUAUUCCACAGUGCUCAGAGGAUGGCAAGUACAGGACACUACAGUGCAGUAGAAAUGGCAGUUCUUGUUGGUGUGUAGAUGCCAAUGGUAAUGAAGUACCGACGAGUAAACAGAAUAACUCUGUUAUUCCCUGCUUAUCCUUUUGCCAACUCCAAAGGCAACAACUGUUGGUCAGUGGCUAUGUGAAUAGUACUAGCACUUCCUACAUCCCACAAUGCACUGAUUCUGGAGAUUAUGAAACAGUACAGUGUGAAACUGUUCAGGGACAGUGCUGGUGUGUGGACUCUGAUGGAAUGGAAAUUUAUGGAACUCGACAGGCUGGCAAGCCAACAAGUUGCCCAGGAAGCUGUGAAGUCAGGGAUCGUAGCACACUGCAUGGUUUUGGAACAAGGUCUCCACCUCGGUGUUCCAAAGAGGGAGAGUUCAUGCCAGUUCAGUGCAAGUUUGUCAACACUACUGACAUGAUGGUCUUAAAUGUUGUAGACAACUUUAACAGAUUUCCUGAUGCUUUUCAAACAUUCAGUUCUUUUAGGAAAAUAUUUCCCGAGGUAUCUGGUUACUGCUACUGCACUGAUAGUUUGGGGAGAGAGCUAGCAGAGACAGGACUUGAACUUAUUUUAGAUGAAGUAUAUGAUACAGCAUUUGCUGGGCUGGAAUCAGGAUUUUCAUUCACUGAAAGUAUUCUAUAUCGUAUUCUGAGCAGAAGAUUUCUUGCAAUACAACUGCUCAUUACUGGCAGAUUCCGAUGCCCAACUAAAUGUGAACAGGAGAGAUUUGCAGCUAACCAAUACAGAAAUGUGUUUAAACCAACAUGUGAUGAAAAUGGGAACUACAAACCAGUUCAGUGUCAAUUAGGAGGCCAAUGCUGGUGUGUGGAUGCCAGUGGAAAGGAAAUCUUUGGAACAAGAAUAAAAGAAGGGUUACCAGACUGUGGUAAAGACAAGAACUGUGCUGUGGAAAGAAAGCAAGCCCUCUCAAGACUGUUUCAUGGUCCUGUUGGCCCCUUCAAUCAGGAAAAUCUGUUCUUUACAAGUAAUGCUGGUACAGCAGACUUCUUAAAUCGUUGUAGUACUGUUUUCAAGGAGCUGUUUGUAAACUCUGGAUUGUUAAUUUCUCUAACAGAAGAUUCUAGCAUGGUUCCUGUCUUGGAAGAAAUUCUUGGAGAGGCAGUAGAAGGACUUUUCCCUUCAAAACACUUAUCUCUGACUGCUCUUCAAUUUACUACAAAUGCAAAGAGAUUUCAAGAAAACCUUUUUGGUGGAAAAUUCUUGAAGAACAUUGGUAACUUUAACUUCACUGGUGCUAUUGGUUCAAGAGGAACAUUUAAUUUUAGCAGAUUUUUUCAACAAAUUGGAUUAACAGGAAUGUACAGUGGAGGAAAUUUUGUAGAACUUGCAAAGCUGUUUUCUUCUGAGGAUGACUCCUACCUUUCCAAAGGAAUAUCUGGUUUCUCGAGGGACAGUUUCAACUUGAAUCAGACUAUUAAAGCCAUCUUUGGCAAAGACAUCAACUUGCACAAUAAUCAGAGAGUAGUCAAGUCAGUGUCUUCCCUCCUGGAGAAUAACCAGUUCCUUUUUACAUUACAUGAAAUUAUUUCGCAUUAUGGAACAGAUGAUUUUUCAGAAAUUGGGGAUAUAGUAACAGUGAUUUUACAGAGUGGUGGCUGCAGUGAAGCUCUUACGCCUUUUUUUAUUCCAAAAUGCACUGAAGAUGGGGACUAUGCAGAGAUACAAUGUGCUGCAUCUGAAUGUUGGUGUGUAGAUAAACGAGGGAAGGAAAUUAUAAGAUCAAGAGUCCAGCACAGACAGCCACGGUGCCCAUCCAAGUGCGAAAAAGAGCGAGAGAAGUCCCAGAGCAUGAAAGCAAGUCUGCCUGCUGGAUCUGGGAUGUUUAUUCCCUCUUGUUUGCCAGAUGGUAAUUUUAGGCCUGUCCAGUGUGUUGGCAAGUCCUGUUUUUGCAUGGAUCUGGAAGGCCAAGAAAUUCCUGGAACAAGGAAGGCAGCUGGAGAAAUCAUGAUGUGUCCAAGUGAUUGCCAGUUAAGAGCAGCUCAGACAUUUAUGACAGCCCUACAGAUGCUUCUGUCAGAUCCUAGCUCCAUAUCCCAAGUAUCUGAUGUUUACAUCCCACAGUGUGCUACAGAUGGAACAUGGAAACCAGUGCAGUGUGAUGGCCCUACAGAACAAGCUUUUGAAUGGUAUGAAAGAUGGGUCAAAGUAAAUAAUGGAGGCAUGCAAUUGCCUUUAUCCGAGAUCCUUACAGAGCUAUGGAAGCACCGGAUUCCACCCCUGAAGACUUUUAAAGAAUUUGUUGAAGAAUUAUUUAUUGCUCAACACCAGAAUAUAUUUCCAGUAUUCACUAACUAUCCAUCCUUUGAAGCGGUUCCUCCUGAAGUUCUAGAAAGCAGUGAGACAGCUGAGUUACAACGUAAUAUUUUACUAAAUCCUUAUGUCUUCUGGCAGCUUUUAGCUGGAAACAUAUCUCAUUACCCAGGUUCUUAUUCUGACUUCAGUGUGCCUUUGGGUCACUUCGAAGUUCGGCAUUGUUGGUGCACAGAUUCUAAUGGAGAUGAAGUUCUGGGAACAAAGACUGACCUCAAUAAGAUACCAAAUUGCAUCGGUGUGUGUGAUCGUGUUAAACAUGAAGUGUUACAGUUUAUUGAAGAAGCAAAUGAAAUCAUCAAGACAACAAACAGCUCUUUUCUUCCAUUUGGAUACGGCUUUCUAAUGGCAAAUGGAAUUCAAUUCACUAACAGAGAAUUAUUCAUUAGUCUUGAGUCUUUCCAGUCAGAAACAGAUUUCUUGGAAAAACUGCUAAGCGGAACUGAUUAUGCAAUUCGAUUGGCUGCACAGUCUACACUGCAAUUUUAUCAGAGGAACCGUACUGAGCUGACGGAUUUAACAGAUGUGGUAGCACUUGGGUACAGCCCAUACAUUCCUCAGUGUGAUGGACUGGGUCGCUGGGAGACAACACAAUGCUAUGAAAGUACAGGUCACUGCUGGUGUGUGACUGAAUAUGGAUCUUACAUUCAAAAUUCUCUGGUGACUCGUUCACAGCAGUUACCAAAAUGUCACACAUCAUGCCAGAGGUCAGCAGCUAAUGCUGUCAUAGGUCAGUGGAAACAAAGUGGGUCGGUGAUGCAGACCACACCCAGCAACCUGUUUAUACCAUCUUGCUCACAGUUGGGAGAAUAUAUGGUGCUCCAGAUGUCAGAGAUGGGUACCUGGUGUGUAAACCCCUAUACAGGGGAAGUAAUUCAAUCUGCUGAUCAAGACAUCAAUGGAAGUUUUACAUGUCCAAGCUGGUGUGAGAUAUUAAGGAACAAAACAUCCUUAAAUGAAGUUGGCACGGGUUAUAUUCCUGAAUGUAGACCUGAUGAUGGAUCCUUCCUACCAGUGCAAUGUGACCAGGAACAAGAAGCCUGUUGGUGUGUCUUUGAAAAUGGUGAAAUGGUUCCAACAACCUGGGUUAAUAUCACAAAAGGAAAGAAGCCUUCAUGUGCAAAGCCCCAAUGCACACUUCCAUUUGAUGCUCAGGAAAUACCUGAUGGGGCUGUGAUAUGUGAAGACGUAAUUGAGAAUGGAGAGCAUUUUCAGCAAUGCCAGCUUGUUUGUCGUCAGGGUUACCACAAUGCAUUUGCAGACAGUAUGUAUAAGUGUGACACAAAGACUAAUCUUUGGAUAUCAGAACCACCACAUCCCCUGGCCUGCCAGAAGCUGCAGUCAUUUCAGACCAUCAAGUCACAGCUCACGUUUACACUUUUACUGCCUGCUGGAAAGACCUGUACUAGUGAAUACUCAGGGUUAUUGAAUGCAUUCCAGACUUUCAUCCUGGAUGACAUGACAGCCCAUGGUUUCUGCCAUCUACAGAUAAAUUCUGUGAAGAAUGCAGUUUCAGUCCCAGUAUGUACUGAUUCCACUGUGUCUGUUGGUUGUUUGACUGUGAACCAUUUAGGAGUGAACAUUACAUGGCAGGCUCAGCUGGAAGAUAUCCCAUCCACCUUCCUUCCUGAUUUGCAUGACAUUGAAAAUGCCUUUAUCAGUGAUAAACUGAUCCUGCGUUUUGUUAACCAGAUAAGGAGUGGAUCUUAUCAGCUCAACUUAGAUGGCAAAACCUUUCCAGCAGACACAUCUGUAGCCUUUAUACAUGAUGAGGAGUUUGUCAUCUCGCCCUUAGUUUGGCUUGGUUGUUAUGAAGGAUUUCGUAAAGUUUCAGUAUUUCAGAAGAGCCUGGAUAAUAUUAGGGGCUGUAGUGUUUGCCCACCAGGCAGUUACUUUCAGAAGAAUGAAUGUGUGAAAUGUAAACGUGGAUCUUAUCAAGAUGCAUCAGGAAGACGUUCUUGCCAUAGGUGCCCUUUGGGAAAAAACACGGUUUCUACUGGAGCAUUUAGUAGUACCCAAUGUGCCACUGACUGUCAGCUUAAUAAUAAAGGACUGAAGUGUGAUGAGGAAGGACAGUACCUACCUGCGCAAUACAAUGCUACAAGUCAGAAGUCAUUCUGUGUCAGCAUGGAUGGAGAGAAAGUGAACUGGACAGAAACAACAGAUUCCCUUAGUGACUCUCAGUGUUUGUUGCUAAGAAAGUUUGAAAUUGUUACUCAGUCUCAAUUUACAGUCAAUGCAGAAGGUGUGGACAUUCAUAAAUCUAUAAAAGUGAAUUCAACUCAUGAAGCUAAGUUUCUACAGUGCAUUUCAGAAUGUUCUAAUGAGGAGGCCUGCAGUUUUCUGACAGUAUCUGGCGCAGACCCUGAAGUACAGUGUGACCUAUACAGUAAUGCUGAAGUCAACUUUCAGUGCAGCAAUGUUACAGAAGAGACACAAGGAUAUCUUCAAAAUCCAGCAGCAUUGCUAUUUCAGCACCUCAGCUGCCUGCUUAAAGUGAAGAAUGGGAACAUGGCAUUACAAGCAGUUUACAGAAAGAAAGGUUAUGCAUUUGAUACUGUUGCCCAGAAAACCUUUCUAAGGACAUCCUUUCAGAAUGCUCUUCAGGGUGUGUACAAGACAAUGGUUUUCCCAGUGACAGGCACAACCUUGACAGAUGUGCAUCAGUUCUGUCACCAAACAUGUGGCAAGGAAUCAUGCUGUGAUGGUUUUGUGCUGAGCCAGAAUAUACUCAGUGGAGGCACAAUUCUAUGUGGUCUAAUGAGCCAUCCUGAUGCUCUGCUGUGUAAUGACAAUGACUGGAACACAACUUCUCAGAUUGGUGGAGAUGGAGUGUGUAAAGGUGUGAAGUCUGAUAAAGAGAAGAAACAAUUCUCAUUCACUUUGGGAGGACAGCAAUUCACGGGCAGUUAUUCACUGCUAUCAGAAAGUGCAAAAGCAGUAGAGUACAGUGCUGAACUGAGCUCAGAGUUCAAGGAAAACAUUCAGAGGUCGUUCAUUACCUUUCAGAGAGUGCACCUGUGGAAAGAUUCUGAUAUGGACAUUCGGGUCAAGUCUUCUUCAGAAUGUUUUCAAAGUGCUCGUCAAGAUCAAGGAAGCCUGAUAUCAGAUUCUGCUAGAGAGGAGUUCUUCUCUGUCGACAGAAGCAACAUUGAGAUUGACCACAAUGUAUCUCUGCCAAGCCUACGUUAUUGGCUCUUUAAACAUGAGUACUCCAACCAUCAGGCACAACUCUGGUGCCAAACACGUUGUGAAGAAGAAGAAUUCUGUAAUGUUGUAGAUUUACAAGACAGAGGCAACCUGCAUUUUGUCUGCAUACUAUAUCCAGACACGCAGCAAUGUGGUACGUCGAACAUGUCACUUCCACAGAAAUGUGGCCUUAUACUGCCAGAACAACCUGAAAUGGUCUACAAGAAGAGAGUUGCCUUAGAAGGAAAAGUAAAGAACUUUUAUAAUCGACUUCCAUUCCAAAAGUUAAACGGAGUCGUAGUGAGAAGUGUGAUAAACAUGACUGGAAAGGACGUGUCUGAUGGAUAUUUUCAAUGUGAAAGGCACUGUGAUGAAGAUUCAUGCUGUAAAGGAUUUGAAUUCUUGAAGAAUUCAAAAUCUUCAGAUGAACAGGUGCUCUGCUUAACUCUGAGUAGUCUGGGAGUGGAAACCUGCAAUGAGGAUCCAACAAGUCGAUGGCAUGUUCUAGACUGUACUACAGGAGAUAGUGAUUCUAAAAUGUAUCCGUUUGGUUGGUACCAGAAGCCUGUAAACCAGUGGAAUCCGAACCCAAGCAUGUGUCCAGCAGUACAUUUGCCUCCUCUGCCUAAGAAAGUUUCCUUGGAUAACUGGACUCCUAUAGACAUGUCUUCCACCAUGGUUGAUUCAUCCCUCUCACAGUUUGAUAUUGUUCACAUAAGUGCUGAUAUGGGCCAAGACUUCAAUUCCAGCAGGGACUGGUGCCUAGCAGCAUGUUCUUCACACCGCACCUGUACUGUGGUUACUGUUGAACUACAGCAUGCAGCAACACGAUGCAUGUUUUAUCCAGACACCCAAAGCUGCAGGUCAUCCUUGGAAGGUCAGAGGUGUCAGCUUUUAAUCAAAGAGCCAGCUACUCAUAUCUACCGUUUGCAAGCAGUUGUAAAGUCCUGUUUGGAUCGCUGUGGUAACUAUCAGCCAGGUGAAGCCUGCCAGUGCAAUGUGAAGUGUGCAGAUUAUGCUGACUGCUGUCCUGAUUUCCAUAUUUGUAUUGACCCAUCUCUGUCUCAUACACAGCCACAUUUAACAUCUGUUUAUAUUCCAACACAUGGAACUUUGCUUGGUCUCACUCGAGCAGUCCGAGUUGGUUCAGAUUGGAAGGACAUCAAGCAGUUCCUUGGGGUACCAUAUGCAAACUCUCCAGCAGGGAUGAAAAGAUUCACUGAACCACAGCAGGUUAACUGGACAGGACUUUGGAAUGCUACCUUCAGUCGGCCAAGCUGUUUGCAGCCAGGUGAUGGAAAAGCCCAGUAUUCCACCGUAGGUGAAGACUGCCUUUACCUUAAUAUAUACAUCCCAAAGAAUAUUGGAGGGAAUUUGUCCUCUUUGGUAUUUUUCCACAACAGUGCUGGUGACUACAGAAACAAAGAACAAAACCUAAUAGAUGGUUCUUACCUGGCUGCAGUUGGAAAUAUCAUCGUUGCAAUUGCAAACUACCGAGUUGGAGUUUUCGGUUUUCUUAGCACUGGUUCAGAUGUUGCGAGUGGAAACUGGGGUCUCCUGGACCAAGCAGCUGCUUUGAAAUGGGUGGAGAAAAACAUUGCCAGCUUUGGUGGGGAUAACCAAGACGUCACUGUAGCUGCAGAUGGCAGUGGUGCCGAUGUCACCAGCCUACAUCUCCUUGUACCAACUUCCGUGGAUCUUUUCAAGAGAGUGAUAUUAAUGGGUGGUUCCAUAUUUUCCCCAGUGGCUGUUAAGAGUAAGAUAGCAGCAAUGAAGCAAGCUGUUGUUUUGGCUGAAGAACUGGGAUGUUCCUCCUCGAGUGAAGCCGAUCUUAUAUCAUGUCUACGAGAUGUGCCCGCUCUAACUCUUAAUACUGCUCAGACUAAGUUACUUGCAGUUAGUGGACCCUUUCAGUCUUGGGGACCAGUUGUUGAUGAUGUCAGCAUACAAAGAACUCUUAAAUCAGCUCUACAGAAACUGAAAUUUUCAAAAGUGGACCUACUCCUUGGCAGUACAGCCCAAGAUGGACUUGUUAGCAGGGCAAAAGCCAUUAAGAAAUUUGAAGAGAGCCAAGGAAGAAAUGACAGUAAGCUUGCAUUUUAUCAAGCCCUUCAGAAUUCCUUUGGAGGAGAAAGUAGCAAUAUACUCGUCAAAGAUGCUGUCACUUGGUUUUAUUCUCUACAACACUCAGAGUCAGAGUAUUCAAGGUUUUCCAGAGCUUUGGAGAAUGCAACACGUGAUCAUUUCAUCAUUUGCCCAGUUGUGAAGAUGGCUGCCCAUUGGGCUGAGUCCUCCAACGCUAAUACCUUCAUGUACCAUGUUCCAGACAGUAUUUCCCAAAACAGUUUGGAUUUGAGCCUACCUUUUGAUGUGCAGUCUGUAUUUGGGCUUCCCCUUCAUCCACAGACAGAAGAGCUGUUCAGUGAAGAAGAAAAAACUAUUUCUCUGAAUAUUAUGCAGUACCUGUCUAAUUUUAUCAAAUCUGGGAAUCCCAACUAUCCUUUAACUUAUUCUAGAACAUCUUUGGGUGAAUCACUUCCACCAUGGCCUAGGUUCCUGCCACAUUCUGGUGGAGACAACUACAAAGAAUUUAGUGCUGGAUUUCCAAAUUACAAAGGAUUAAAGGCAGGGGUAUGCUCCUUCUGGUCUGAUUAUAUCCCUGCACUUCAGAUAUCAGCAAGUAAAUUAUCUUCUCAAAUGAUGCCAGAAGAAGGAGAAGAUGGCACCGCAGAUAUUUCAUCUUCUGAGUUGUCAAGUGUGUUAUCUACAGUACAGAACCAAACAAAAAACAUGAAUGUAAACAUGAAAGAUGACAAGGAGACAUACAACUAAACUAUUUGUUUUGUCAAUAAUUAGUCUCAACAUAACUACGUUUAAAUUCAAAUUUGAACUUACAGUUUGAAAUCAUUUUCCAGUCUUGACUUCCUUACUUGUCUGAGAGAAGUUUCUUGCCUUAUUUCCCUUUAGAAUUUGUAUCAAGUAAUAUUUCUUAAUGUAUGGUAAACAUUCAUGAAACAUUAAAUUUGGUCUGCAACAGCAAAUGGUUAUUAAAUUAGUAUUAUGGUGUAAACGUUGUUUAACUGUACUUUUAUCAUCUGUGAUUUACUUUUAGUAGAGCUGCAGUUUGAUGAGUAGAGACACAUCUGUUAAAAUGAUUUUUUUGUGCAGAGAUAUGUUAAAACUACACAUGUUCAAAUGCUGCUGCCCUAUUUUUUAAGGGAUCCACACACCUGGAAUGCAAUACAACUGUGGUCAGAGAACAUAUCUGUAAUAAGAUUGGUGUUUAAGAAGUAUUUUGUGUAGCUGACACUGUAAUCUGAAUGUUUCAAUAAAGAAA